AUGUCUCAAAUCGAACAACUCUCUUCUAUAAACGGAAAACCAAUGGUUCUUCAUGAAGGUUAUAUCUAUACUGUAGAACGUACAACAACCACGAAAUUGAUCUUUCGAUGUAAGAAUCGAGAUUUUAAAGCUCGAUGUCAUACCAAUUUAUCCAUGGAUGCAUUUCUCUCACUGCCAACAUCACAUUGUCAUGCUCCACAACCUGAUUGUGUCCCAGCUAUCAAAUUAAAAAAUGAAAUUAAAGCUCGUGCUGCAACAACAGAUGAAUCAACUAGUACAAUUAUUCAUUCAGCCUUACGUACCUAUCCACUGAGUGCUGCUGGUCAACUUCCAAAAAAUGAAUCCUUUAUGCUAAUGAUUCGACGACAACGUACUACUGAAACAGUCGAUGGCAAUGGUCGUUUACCAGAGAAGUUGAGAAAAGCUUAUCGUGACGAAGACUUCAUCAUGCACGAAGACAAAAAAUUAAUUAUCUUUACAACGAAAACUAAUUUAUCUAUUCUGAAGCAAAACAAACAUUGGUUCACUGAUGGAACGUUCAAAGUGUGUCCCGACGAUUAUUAUCAACUCUUCACAUUGCAUGCGAUGAUGACGAAUGCAAUCAUUCCUCUCGUCUAUGGGUUAUUAAUUGGUAAAAGCGCUGAUGAUUAUAAUUUAUUCUUUGAAAAAGUAUUAGAACAAGACAAUUUUCAACCUGAAUCAAUCAUGACUGAUUUCGAAACUGGCACAAUCAAAUCAGUCAAAGAUAUGUUACCAAAUAUUUUACACAAAGAUCAAAUUAUAAUUGGCUUCGACUUGAUUUGUGAUCUAUUCGACGAUGACACCGACGAUUUACUCGAGUAUUUUGAAAAAACAUGGAUUGGUGAACCGAAAAGAAGAGGAACUGGUCGAAAGAAGCCUCAAUUCGAUCAUAAAUUAUGGAAUAUUCAUGAUCGUGUCGUCGCUACUGUACCUCGAUCCAACAAUUCGGUUGAAGGUUGGCACAAUGCUUUGGCUAGUCGCGUCGCAAUAAGUUAUCCAACUAUCGUGAAACUGGGAGUGAAAAUUCGUCGUGAACAAUCAAAAUUUGAAGUGGACAUGGCGAAGAUUCUUCAAGGCCACAAUAUUAAGACGAAGAAAGCCUGCUAUCGAAAAUUGGACGAGUGUAUUACUCGACUGGUCAACUCAUUCGACCCAACUCAACUGGAUCAAUUAUUAAAAAAUAUGGCAGCUAACAUUACUCUUUAG